GUGAAUAGUGGGCUCUGCGGAUAACCCAGGCGCCGUUAAGCUGGGGAAUCCAAACUGAAUGCUUCCUAAAAGGACGCAUUUUAGGUAAGAUCUAGUGGCUAAAUCUUCAGAGUGGACGUCGUUCUUGUGCAAGUCAGUGAAGAAAGACUGAAUUGGCAGUUAUUUAAGCAAAUCAUCUGGGUGGAUUGUAUACCGAGUUGAAGAAACUGCGCUUUCUGGACCGGGUCUGAACAAUGGAGACUGCGCUAGCAAAAACGUCACAGAAAAGGCAAGUUAUGUUUCUUGCUAUACUGUUGCUUUUGUGGGAGGCUGGCUCUGAGGCAGUUAGAUAUUCCAUACCAGAAGAAACAGAAAGUGGCUAUUCUGUGGGCAACCUGGCAAAAGACCUGGGUCUCAGGGUGGGGGAACUGGCCACUCGGGGCGCGCGAAUCCAUUACAAAGGAAACAAAGAGCUCGUGCAGCUUGAUAUAAAGACCGGCAAUUUGCUUCUAUAUAAAAAACUAGACAGGGAGGUGUUGUGCGGGGCGACGGAACCUUGUAUACUGCAUUUCCAGCUCUUACUAGAAAACCCAGUGCAGUUUUUUCAAGCUGAUCUGCAGCUCACAGAUAUAAAUGACCAUUCUCCAGAGUUCCCAGAGAGGGAAAUGCUCCUAAAAAUCUCAGAGGGCACCCAGCCUGGGACUGUGUUUCCUUUGAAAACAGCACAGGACUUUGACAUAGGUAGCAACACUGUCCAGAACUACACAAUCAGCCCCAAUUCCCACUUUCAUGUGGCUACUCAUAAUCGCGGAGACGGCAGAAAAUACCCAGAACUGGUGCUGGACAAAGCGCUGGACCGGGAGGAGAGACCUGAGCUCAGCUUAACACUCACGGCACUGGAUGGUGGGGCUCCGCCCAGGUCCGGGACCACCACAGUUCGCGUUGUCGUCUUGGACAAUAAUGACAACGCCCCCGAAUUUUUACAAUCACUCUAUGAGGUACAGAUUCCUGAGAACAGCUCCGUUAACUCCUUAAUUAUCGCUGUCUCUGCCCGAGAUUUAGAUGCAGGAGCGUAUGGGAGUGUAGUCUAUGCUCUAUUUCAAGGUGAUGAAGUUACUCAACCAUUUGUAGUAGACCAAAUAACAGGAGAAAUUCGCCUGAAACGGGCAUUGGAUUUCGAGGCAACUCCAUAUUACAACGUGGAAAUUAUAGCCACAGAUGGUGGGGGCCUUUCGGGAAAAUGCACUGUGGCUAUAGAAGUGGUGGAUGUGAAUGACAACGCCCCUGAACUCACCCUAUCGACGCUUUCCAGCCCUACCCCAGAAAACGCCCCGGAAACUGUAGUUGCUGUUUUCAGUGUUUCUGAUCCAGACUCCGGGGACAACGGUAGGAUGAUUUGUUCCAUCCAGAACGACCUCCCGUUUCUUUUGAAGCCCACAUUCAAGAACUUUUACACCCUCGUGACACAGAGAAAACUGGACAGAGAGAGCCAAGCUGAGUACAACAUCACCAUCACCGUCACUGACUUGGGGACACCAAGGCUGAAAACCGAGCACAGCAUAACCGUGUUGGUCUCCGACGUCAACGACAACGCCCCCGCCUUCACACAAACCUCCUACACCCUCUUCGUCCGCGAGAACAACAGCCCCGCCCUGCACAUCGGCAGCGUCAGCGCCACAGACAGAGACUCCGGCAGCAACGCCCAGGUCACCUACUCGCUGCUGCCGCCCCAGGACCCGCACCUGCCCCUCGCCUCCCUGGUCUCCAUCAACGCGGACAACGGACACCUGUUCGCCCUCCGGGCGCUGGACUACGAGGCCCUGCAGGCGUUCGAGUUCCGCGUGGGCGCCACAGACCGCGGCUCCCCGGCGCUGAGCAGCGAGGCGCUGGUGCGCGUGCUGGUGCUGGACGCCAACGACAACUCGCCCUUCGUGCUGUACCCGCUGCAGAACGGCUCCGCGCCCUGCACCGAGCUGGUGCCCCGGGCGGCCGAGCCGGGCUACCUGGUGAGCAAGGUGGUGGCGGUGGACGGCGACUCGGGCCAGAACGCCUGGCUGUCGUUCCAGCUGCUCAAGGCCACGGAGCCCGGGCUGUUCGGCGUGUGGGCGCACAAUGGCGAGGUGCGCACCGCCAGGCUGCUGAGCGAGCGCGACGCGGCCAAGCACAGGCUGGUGGUGCUGGUCAAGGACAAUGGCGAGCCCCCGCGCUCGGCCACCGCCACGCUGCACGUGCUCCUGGUGGACGGCUUCUCCCAGCCCUACCUGCCGCUCCCGGAGGCGGCCCCGGCCCAGGCCCAGGCCGACUCGCUCACCGUCUACCUGGUGGUGGCGUUGGCCUCGGUGUCGUCGCUCUUCCUGUUCUUGGUGCUCCUGUUCGUGGCGGUGCGGCUGUGCAGGAGGAGCCGGGCGGCGUCGGUGGGUCGCUGCUCGGUGCCCGAGGGUCCCUUUCCGGGGCAUCUGGUGGACGUGAGCGGCACCGGGACCCUGUCCCAGAGCUACCAGUACGAGGUGUGUCUGACGGGAGGUUCUGGGACAAAUGAGUUCAAGUUCCUGAAGCCAAUUAUCCCCAACUUUUUGCCCCAGGGCGCUGAUGAUGAAGUAGGGAAAACUGCAGCCUUCCGGAAUAGCUUUGGAUUCAAGUAACGAUCUCAUUAUGACGCAUUGUUUUGUGCCAUUUAUCCCAAAAUUUUUCAGAUCUAGAAUUCGAAAGUGUCAUGGACAAAAAUUUCACCUUGAGAUUUAGCUUUUAUUUCCCUUUUUAAUGGAUCUGUCUGUUAAGCUUUAUGUUGUCCAAUUGUGGAAAAUUAAAUUUUAUUUUCAUUGCAUUUAUUUACAGAGACAUUCCAAAUUCAUGCAUGCUGUUGAUUUUCCUGAGAUUUUUCUCUUCUUUUUGGCUUUUGUUGUGAUAAACCAUCCUAAUAAAAUCACAUAUUAAUUUUA